ACUGCAAGUACUGCUAAGUAGAUGCAAGCGUCAUUGUUUAUUCUGAUGUACAGGAGGAUUGAGACAUCUCGUGUGUAUUAAAAUACCUAAUAAUUGUUAAAUUAAGGUUUAAUUCAUACAAAUUAGGAUGCACAUGAAAUUACCUGAAGUGAAAAGAUGCUGCUUUUGUUUGCCGCUGAGAAAAGGAAUUAUAAUAUUUGGAUGUAUAAAUAUCCUUCUAACACUGUUCGCGACAGCCUGUCUGUUUGUUACAACUGAACUACGGAAGUCUACUAUAACUAAUGGCUCAUCUUUAGAGGUGGUGACUUCAACGGUACUCUUUAGUAUCUUAGGAAUGGCUGUGAUACUGAACAUAUUGCUGCUUGUAGCUGGAUGUCAGAAAGACGCAACAAUGUUCAGAUUGUACAAUUUUUAUGGCAUAGCCAGUGUGCUAGCUACGCUGAUACCAACGUUCAUCUUGCUAUCGAGGCUACAAACUUUGGAGGCCUGCGUUACAUUCUCCGCCAUUGUGAUGCAAUGCUACGUCAUCGUAUUAGUGAGAAGUGAAAUUCUGAAGUUGGAGAAACAAACCAAGAACGACCUUGAGUCAGCGUCACCUGACGUCGUCGAUGUUCCUGACAGAGAUACUUUAUUAUGAGUUAUUUAUAAAUAAAUAUUAUAAAAAUA